AUGGGCUCAGAACAUGACCAUGCUCUAUGUCCUGGCCAUGUGGGCCAGUGUGAUGCCAUGAAGCCCAUUGAUGGCAGGAAGCUCCUGGAUUUCCUCAUUAGAUCAUCCUUUGUUGGAGUAUCUGGAGAGGAGGUGUGGUUCGAUGAGAGGGGGAUGCUCCUGGAAGGGAAAUGCCCAGGAAGACUGGCAUGUAUGCACUUUCUAUGUAGGUAUGACAUCAUGAAUCUGCAGUACACUGAAGGUAAUCGCUAUGACUAUGUCCACGUGGGAACCUGGCAUGAAGGCGUACUGAACAUCGAUGAUUACAAAAUCCAGAUGAACAAAAGUGGAAUGGUCCGCUCUGUGUGCAGUGAGCCUUGCUUAAAGGGUCAGAUUAAGGUCAUCCGGAAAGGAGAAGUGAGCUGCUGCUGGAUCUGUACCGCGUGCAAAGAGAAUGAGUUUGUGCAAGAUGAGUUCACCUGCAGAGCCUGCGACCUGGGGUGGUGGCCCAACGCAGAGCUGACCGGCUGUGAGCCCAUUCCUGUCCGUUACCUAGAGUGGAGUGACAUAGAAUCUAUCAUAGCCAUCGCCUUCUCUUGCCUGGGCAUCCUCGUGACUCUGUUUGUCACCCUCAUCUUUGUGCUGUACCGGGACACACCUGUGGUCAAAUCCUCCAGCAGAGAGCUCUGCUAUAUCAUUCUGGCUGGCAUCUUCCUGGGCUACGUGUGCCCUUUCACCCUUAUCGCCAAACCCACCACCACAUCCUGCUACCUCCAGCGCCUCCUGGUCGGCCUCUCGUCUGCCAUGUGCUACUCUGCUUUAGUCACCAAAACCAACCGUAUUGCACGCAUCCUGGCCGGCAGCAAAAAGAAGAUCUGUACCCGGAAGCCUAGGUUCAUGAGCGCUUGGGCCCAGGUGAUCAUCGCCUCCAUUCUGAUUAGUGUCCAGCUGACACUGGUGGUGACCUUGAUUAUCAUGGAGCCUCCCAUGCCCAUUUUGUCCUACCCGAGUAUCAAGGAAGUCUACCUUAUCUGCAAUACCAGCAACUUGGGUGUAGUGGCCCCUGUGGGCUACAACGGACUUCUCAUCAUGAGCUGUACCUACUAUGCCUUCAAGACCCGCAAUGUGCCGGCCAACUUCAAUGAGGCUAAAUACAUCGCCUUCACCAUGUACACUACCUGCAUCAUCUGGCUGGCUUUCGUGCCCAUUUACUUUGGGAGCAACUACAAGAUCAUCACUACCUGCUUCGCAGUGAGCCUCAGUGUGACGGUGGCCCUGGGGUGCAUGUUCACUCCCAAGAUGUACAUCAUUAUUGCCAAGCCCGAGAGGAAUGUCCGCAGUGCCUUCACCACCUCCGAUGUAGUCCGCAUGCACGUUGGUGAUGGCAAGCUGCCCUGCCGCUCCAACACCUUCCUCAACAUUUUCCGGAGAAAGAAGCCGGGGGCAGGAAAUGCCAAUUCUAACGGCAAGUCUGUGUCGUGGUCUGAACCAGGUGGAAGACAGGCGCCUAAGGGGCAGCAUGUGUGGCAGCGCCUCUCUGUGCACGUGAAGACCAACGAGACGGCCUGCAACCAAACGGCCGUGAUCAAACCCCUCACUAAAAGCUACCAAGGCUCUGGGAAGAGCCUUACCUUUUCAGACGCCAGCACCAAGACCCUUUACAAUGUGGAGGAAGAGGACAACACCCCUUCUGCUCGCUUCAGCCCUCCCAGCAGCCCAUCAAUGGUGGUGCACAGACGCGGACCACCUGUGACCACCACGCCGCCCCUGCCACCCCACCUGACCGCAGAGGAGACUCCCCUGUUCUUGGCCGAUUCCAUCAUCCCCAAGGGCUUGCCUCCUCCUCUUCCUCAGCAACAACAGCCGCUGCCCCCUCAGCAACCCACACAGCAGCAAAAAUCCCUGAUGGACCAGCUGCAAGGCGUGGUCACCAACUUUGGAGCUGGGGUCCCGGACUUCCACGCUGUGCUGGCAGGCCCGGGGGCACCGGGCACCGGGCUGGGCUCGCUGUACCCGCCCCCGCCUCCCCCGCAGCACCUGCAGAUGCUGCCCCUGCAGCUGAGCACCUUCCGAGAGGAGCCCAUCUCCCCUCCCGGGGAGGAUGACGAGGAUGACAGUGAGAGGUUCAAACUCCUGCAGGAGUUCGUGUAUGAGCGCGAAGGGAACACGGAGGAAGACGAACUGGAAGAGGAGGAGGACCUGCCUGCAGCCAGCAAGCUAACCCCUGAAGAUUCGCCGGCCCUGACGCCUCCUUCUCCUUUCCGAGACUCGGUGGCCUCUGGCAGCUCAGUGCCCAGUUCCCCGGUGUCUGAGUCAGUGCUCUGCACCCCUCCAAACGUGACCUACGCCUCUGUCAUCUUGAGGGACUACAAGCAAAGCUCUUCCACCCUGUAGGGAGGAA